UCGACGCUUAUUCCGAAGGCGUACGCCAAACAGUAAACAUUACAGACGUUUUGUAAUUUUGGUGCUGGGCCCCACCAAAUUGUUCGAUUAUUUUCUUUCGUCCUAACAAUAUCCCGGUACCUGUCAUAAAAAUUGAAGUGCUUCUUGAUAAAGUGAAAACAAAAAAUAACUGCAUUUUGAUCGAUUUCAACAUGUCAAGAGCUAUUUUGAAGCAAAUUUCACAAUGCAACACUUUGAUACCAUCUCAACAUUCGGGUUGCAUGGGAUUAUUGACCGUCAUAGCUAAUAGGAAUGUGGAUAACAGAAACUUCUCUAUCAACAUUGCCAAGUCCAAUUCUAGACAGAAUUCUAGCAAAAAACUAUACAGUCAAAUAAGACACAAAAGUAGUGGAGGUGAGUUAAAGUCGCCCUUAGGACCAUGUGCACCGAUUCCCAACGAGAAUCUUGUAGAGUAUAUCUACAAAAACAUAGAUGAAUUCAUCGAAGAGCCCGCAGCUACAUGUGCAGUAUCUGGAAGAAGUUACACAUAUGGUAUGCUCAGAAUGUUGAUAAAUAGAUGCGCACAAGCCUUACUGGGACACUGCGGACUACAACAGGGAGAAGUAGUUGGGUUAUUAUUGCCCAAUAUACCCGAAUUUGUAAUUGUUUGCCAUGGCGCAAUAGAAGCAGGCUUAACCGUUACUUUUGUCAACCCGUUAUAUACACCAGAUGAAAUCAAGAGACAAUUUGAAAAUGCUGGUGUAAAAAUGAUUAUUACUAUUCCAUUACUCUUGGAAAUUGCGACAACUAUAGGACCAACUCUGUCAGGAUAUAGAUCUACAAUUUGUAUUGGUGGUGAUGACGAUCCCGCCAAAAACGUACAUGGCCUAAUGAGUCUUCUCUCGGAAGGUCAUGAAGCUGAACUGCCUCCAAUUCAUCCAGACAAAUUGGCGCUUCUACCAUAUUCCAGUGGCACAACCGGUCUUCCAAAGGGGGUAAUGUUAUCUCACAGAAACCUAGUUGCCAAUUUAGUUCAAGGAGACCAUAGGGCCCUCAUAGGCAACACUGCUAGCAAGAAUGGAGAAAAACACAAAGCACUUACAGUUUUACCAUUUUUCCAUAUCUAUGGCUUUAAUGGUAUAAUGAACAUAUCUCUAAGAUUAGGAACCCAUUUGAUAACAAUUCCAAGAUUUACCCCUGAAGACUACAUCAAAGCUUUGGAAGAAUAUAAACCAACCUAUCUGUUUGUAGUUCCUUCCCUGUUAUUGUUUUUGGCUUCCCAUCCUAGCGUGAAGAAAGAGCAUCUGAGUUCUGUUGAAGAGAUCACUUCGGGAGCUGCUCCUCUAACAGAGGGUUUGUUACAGAAAUUUAGGCAAAAGAUUGAUAAUCCAGAUGUGACAAUAAGGCAAGGUUAUGGAAUGACUGAAUCCAGUCCAGUGACGUUCUUUAUGCCCCAAAUUACCCCUCCCUCGAAAAUCGGCACCAUUGGCAUACUGUACCCCGGUACUGAAGCUAAAGUGGUCAGUUUGAGCAGUGGAGAACUACUUGGCACACAUCAAACAGGAGAACUUCUAGUGAGAGGACCACAGGUUAUGAUGGGAUACCUCAAUAAUGAACAAGCCACUUCAGAAACCAUUGACGAGGAUGGCUGGUUACAUACAGGAGAUGUUGUCUAUUACGAUGAAGAUCAUUAUUUCUACUUAGUUGACAGAUGCAAAGAACUUAUCAAAGUUAAAGGCAACCAGGUAUCGCCAACAGAGCUGGAAAAUUUAAUUUUGGAAAUUGAAGGGAUUAUUGAUGCUGCAGUGGUCGGGGUACCUGACGAUUUAGCCGGCGAAGUACCGAGAGCGUAUGUUGUAACAAAACCGGGGCAAAAUUUGAAUGAAGAAGACAUUCAAAAGUUUGUUAGUUCUAAAGUUACGCACUACAAGAAAUUGGCCGGUGGAGUUAAAUUUAUCAAUUCUAUUCCAAGAAAUCCAAGCGGAAAAAUUCUCAGAAAUGAAUUAAAAAUUCAACAUUCAUAAUUUUUAAACUUUGUUUUUUUUGUUUAGUGCUGUUGUGCAGCAUUGACAAUGUGACUGGAUAAUCGGACAUUACGUUAGAUUUUGAAAUUUUACUAGUCACAACAUUUUUCUGAUUGAUCUUUAAGCAAUAAGUUUUAUUUAUAGAAUAGUUUAAAAGUUUUUCACAUUAAUUGACUAUUUUUAUAAAAAAAAAACAAUAAUUUUUGUUAGUUUUAAGGACAAUUUUCUAUAUUUAUAAAUUUGUAGAUAAUAAGUACCUAAUAGUAAAUUAUAUAUGUAUAUUUUUACAGCUUCUGAGGAAAAGGAGAAAUACUAUUUUAAUGUUAUAUACCUUCGUAUUUUAUAUAUCCAUAGUGUAAAUAAAGAGCAGUUUUUAUGUAAUUUUUUUUAAAUAUAACUUGAAAAAUUUA